AUGUUGAACGACGCAAAAGAGUGCUUUGGACUUCAAGGAAUAGAGCUCCACCCUGUGACUGUUUCUGGAUCAAAUGUCCAACGAGCGAUUCGACUUGCGGAUCUAGACUCCCAUUUGUGCUUAGGCCAUUGUUUACAUAACCUGGUGACUGUAGAUGGAAUUGACAGUGUACCCGAAUUAUCAUCAUUGGUCAAAAAAUGCAAAAAGAUAGUCAAGACGGUUCGCUAUCGUUUACCAGAGUUAGAACGUUCUGCAAAAGAAGAACAACUAAAAGUUUUACAAUCUAUGGAAGAAGUAUCAAACCAUUUAGAAAUGGAUGAAAAUCAGCCAAUUGUUAAUGAAGAGCCCGAACCAUAUUUGGUUUCCGAAUCGCAAACCAUCAGCGAUGAAUUCGGUAACAUAAAUCAUAUGCCGACUAUCAAAACUUCUUUGCCAACUCGUUGGCAUAGUGUGCUAGCUAUGCUGGAAAGUCUGGCACAUUUUUGUAACAGAGAACCAGUUAAUAACAUGUUGUCAGAGAUAGGAGAGAGUGAUCUAAAAAUUUGUCAAAGGGAGUGGAACCUAUUAGAAGAUCUUGUCAGAUUUCUACGCAAAUUCCGUGAAGUCGUAGAAAUGUUAUCAACACAGAAGGCAGCUUCACUGAAUUUAGCACUGGUGUUUAAUUUGGAAAUCAGGGAUAUCCUUCAUUCAGUGACAGAUGAAGAAACGCUUGUAAUGGUUUAG